AUGCCUGUCGCCGCAGAGUUCAGAGCAUCUCGUGUAGGGCGUCCGUCCGUCGAAGACCCUGAAAAUACACUCGCGAUCCCCAAAAUAUGCUACGAGUGCUUUGUGUACAACCUGUUGCUGACAGUACUCGUAGCAGCGCCUACCUUCUUUGACCCAAGGGCUUGGGAAUCUCUCGCUCAUCUGCACAUCAAGGAGCCCGAGAAUACCCUUCCAGAUCCUGUUACCAAGCCGAUUUACACUUUCGACACAGUUGAGAAAUAUGCGGCAAUCUACAGAGCCGGUGCCGAGUUCGAGGUGAACCUCGAAAAGACUACCGUCGAUGAGUUCAAUGCUGCACGCCAUGUGUUCCGUACAUGGGUCUAUCGUCGUCUCACCAAUACGGAAGGAAGGCAGCACUGGCUCUUCGCCAUUGAAGAUGGAAAUCUCCCUGACGCAUUUCCCAAAGAAGGGGAGCAGACUGGCUGUCUGCUUGCUCUGUUCAGUGAUCCAGCGGGCCUGAAGCAAGUAUCUCGGGAGUGGUCAGCCUAUAGAAUCGACAAUGCACGGUCGCCCUUGAAAGAGUUCAUCUUCUUCAGAGUCUCUUUCCCCUCUAAUGUUGCCUCACAGUCAAUUUUGACACCACUGAUUGACGAAAGUAACAUCCAUGCCCAGGAUGCCUCGUUGCUCACCUACGCAAACAGCAUGUACUCGAUGCUCACGCUUGAGCAUGCUGAUCCGACUAGCAAGGUAGAGCUGGAGGCACUGGAGAAACUGAUUACUCUGGAGGAAGGACCGGCAAAGAAUGCCUUUGACUGGAUUCGCACAUUUAAAGAUCCCGCCUCAUAUGUCAAUUUGUUUGAGAAGCUCCCGCAUAUGCGGGCAGCUAUCGAAAAUCCCCACACACUACCGCCAAAUCUUAGCAAGAUGGUCGCAAAAGCCAAUCCUCAGCAGCUUGCAACUUACACGGAGCUGCUACAGCGACUACCUUGUGGUGUCGGAAUCAUACCCGGUGGGCCUGGAGGAGGCAAAACAUUCUUCAACAUGUUGCUGACAGCCAUGGCACAGUCACAAGAGCUCAAGACGGAGGAUGGCACACGCCGCGUCAAAAUUCUUUAUCUCAUAGACAUCAACAGUCCCGUGGAUGAUGCCACCAAUAAGUGUGUUAAAAUGUCUGAGAACUUUGGCGACGGAAAACAGAUCGUCCGCAUGUUUGGAUGGAAUCGCGAAAUGAAGCAAGGGCUCAAGGUUCUUCGCAAGAAAGAGAAGGUCAAGCGUGCUCAAACCCUACUGCUUGAAGGAGAAAAGUCAGAGGGCUCUCAAUCUUCUACCCAGUCACCUUCCAACGCUGUGGCGGUAGACCCUACGACCGCCUUUCUUACUAUGGCUGCGAAAGUCGCCGACAACACUGCCGGUGAUCGCUUCAAGUCGGAUUGUCUUGCGCCUGCUCUCGAUCAGCUGGCUUUCAGGCGCUUUGAAGCCCGGAAAGAGGAAUACUCUGAGCUGGAAGAGGUGCUUGAACAAUACCUACAAGACAAGAUCGAGCCAAGUACCAUGCGCAUACUCAGGGCAGCCACCGAAAAUCUCUACAAGGAUACUCUCGAAGAGGUAGACUUUCUAGCCGCCACACCCAUCGCAGCAGCCUCGCUGGCAGAUGGCCGUUUCAAACCCGAUAUUGUGCUCUUUGAUGAGGCACCUCACGCCAGGGAACUUGCAAACUUGAUCCCCAUCGCCCACUUCUCUCCCAUGGCAUGGAUUUUUACCGGCGAUUUCCGGCAAACCGGCUGCUAUGUGGGCUCGGAUAAAAACCCCUGGGAGAUACAGCUGAAAAUGUCAGUCAUGGAGAGAGCACAUUAUGCCGGUGCCACGACCCAUGAACUACUUAUGAACCAUCGAGCAUUCGCCACUCUCCAUCAGAUGCCUUCGAAUCUCUUCUAUGAUGCCAAGAUGGUCACGGGUCACACUGCUGACACCAUUGUGCCUUCGCCGACUCGAUUCAUUUGCAAGUGGAUGGAGGCAAAUUUGACUGGCGGAUCUCAAGUAACCAUUCCAAGAAUCCUGGCGCAUGUUCGUAAUGCCAAUGCCAGCACCAAGGUUGACAGUUCAUUUUGGAACCAAACUCAUCAUGCCUGGACGAUGCAGCAAGCCAGGAAACUCUUGAGCAACCCGAAUUUCGUCAGCGUCGACGGUCAAUCACGACCGGGAACGAUACUUAUCAUUGCGCCUUAUAGGCAAGCCGUCACCCAGUAUAAGAGAGCAGCAGGAGACCUGUGUCGUGAGCUAGCUGAGGCUCAGGGAGUGCCAGCUAAGACAAUGCUCACUCGCCUCGAAGUGAGGAGUGUAGACACAGUUCAAGGUCAUGAGGCGGACUUUGUUUUCUUUGACCUUGUUCGCGAAAAGCCAACUGAGUUUUUAGACGAUGACAAGCGUCUGGCCGUUGCUACGACCCGUGCUCGCCAAGGCGAGGUGUAUGUCAUGCACCCAAUGAUGGCGAAAAGGCUUUGCAAGACUAAGAACCUGCACGCCAUUUACAGCGGCUGUCUUCCCAGAUGUGAAAAUGGCCUGGUGUACAAUGCAAACGGCCGCCAGGGCCGAUAUGGACAGAUUGCACAUCAAUUUUUCCAGCGCGAGGCGAACUACCGGAUUCGAAGAAACUGAGCAAACCACAAUAACCUAGUUGUGACCGAGGGCCAGUUAAUCUCGGGUUAGGAUCGAGAUGUGAGACGUACGAGAGUUGAUCGUUUUCUUCCUGAACUUGCUACCUUCAGAAGGGGUUUGACACCAUGGGAUUUGUUUGAGAUUACUAUAUUUUGGCUGAGGAUUACCCUCAUUUUUUUCUGAUUUGGGAUACAUGUCUUGGUGGCGCGGAGAUGAAGGCAAGAUUGUGUGUUAUAGAGCCCGCCUCUGCUGCCCUAGCAUGUUUUCCUCUUUCGUUUGUUCUUCUUUUGUUUUGUUCCUUUGAGAGGGAUUGGUCACAUCUCAAACUUCUUUUUUCCCGUCGACACGGGCAGAUUUGUUAAGACGUUAUACAGGUUGACAAACAAAAAGUCAACGCUACUCUACUAGGCUCUUUUGUACCUUUUGCGAUAGAUGGAAUUCAA